AUGCGCACAGGGCCACCAGCCGCCACCGGGGGCGAGUCCGACACACGGAGUGGGAGACCCGGCGGCCAGGGGACCGCCUUCUCCAUCGACUCGCUCAUUGGGACGCCGCCGCCGCGCUCCGGACACCUGCUCUACACCGGGUACCCCAUGUUCAUGCCGUACCGGCCGCUGGUGCUCCCGCAGGCGCUGUCCCACGCCCCGCUGCAGUCGGGGCUGCCGCCGCUGGCCCCGCUCGCUUCCUUCGCACUGACGGACGCUGUGUGCCCCGCAGACGGCAAGGCGUACAGCUCAGACGAGGAGAAGCUGGAUGUGAAGUCGACGGCGACGCCGUGCAGCGAGCGGGAGGAGGAGAGCUCGGCGGGCGAGAGCGAGGAGGAGCCGUUCCUGGACGGGGCGAGCGCCGGCACCGCGCUGGGAGCCAAGGCCAAGGGCAAGGGCGGCCCCGCCGCCGAGCAGCCCCCGCCGGGCUCUGGGGCCGGCAAGAGCCGCCGGCGCCGCACAGCCUUCACCAGCGAGCAGCUGCUGGAGCUGGAGAAGGAGUUCCACUGCAAGAAGUACCUGAGCCUCACGGAGCGCUCGCAGAUCGCGCACGCCCUGAAGCUGAGCGAGGUGCAGGUGAAGAUCUGGUUCCAGAACCGCCGCGCCAAGUGGAAACGCAUCAAGGCUGGCAAUGUCAGCAACCGCUCGGGAGAGCCCGUCCGUAACCCCAAAAUCGUGGUGCCCAUCCCGGUGCACGUCAAUCGUUUCGCCGUGCGCAGCCAGCACCAGCAGAUCGAGCAGGGCUCCCGGCCCUGAGGACCCUGGGGCGGGGGGCCCAGCGCCCGCUGCCCCUCCUGUGUACAUGUCCCUUAUUUAUUCCGUGUAAACUCUGUACAUACGGCAGCGUGUCCUUCUGUCCGUGCCAUGGGCAGUGCGGCCGCCUGGCCCCGGCGCUCUGGCCGCCCGCUGGGCCGGGCU